CCGCUCUGCGCGCAGCGGCGCAGUCUAUGACGCUCACAAGCGUCUGUGUUAUGAGACCUGUUUUGUAAGCUUUCAGGCUCCACGUUUGUUCUCUCUCUCUGGUGGGAGGACACACACCAACACUUCACCUCGGCUGUAAGAAGAAGAAGAAAAGACAACUGAAACACUAGCUGACACAUGAUGUUUCCAGCUAGCAGAUAUUCAAGCAAAGCCCACAGGUGUAUCAGGGCGUUGAAGACCGUGCAGAUAGAGCAUGCUGCCCCUCAGCUGUACACAACACUAAACAGAAGAACAUGCUCUUCGGUGUCAGCACCCCGCAUCACAACACACUACACCAUCCACUCUCGGGAUAAGGAUUCAAGAUGGGAAGGGAUCGAAAUGGAGAGGUUUGCCGAUGAGGCAGAUGUGGUGAUAGUAGGUGGGGGCCCUGCCGGUCUUUCAGCAGCCAUUCGUUUGAAGCAGCUAGCGAACGAACAUGAGAAAGAGCUGCGAGUGUGUCUUGUGGAGAAGGCCUCUCAGAUUGGAGCACACACCCUGUCAGGAGCCUGUCUGGAGCCCUCUGCCCUUAACGAACUCUUUCCUGAUUGGAAGGAACGAGGGGCACCUCUGAACACACCAGUGACCGAAGAUGUGUUCAGCAUUUUAACGAAGAAACACCGAAUCCCUAUCCCCAUUUUGCCAGGUCUGCCUAUGGGGAACCAUGGUAACUACAUCGUGAGGCUGGGAAAUUUUGUGCGCUGGCUGGGGGAGCAGGCCGAGGAGCUGGGAGUGGAGCUGUACCCGGGUUAUGCUGCAGCUGAGGUUUUGUUUCACGAAGAUGGAAGUGUAAAAGGAAUUGCCACCAACGACGUAGGAAUCGCCAAAGAUGGCUCACCGAAGGAUGUUUUUGAGAGAGGAAUGGAGCUCCAUGCUAAGGUCACGUUGUUUGGAGAGGGUUGUCAUGGACACUUGGCCAAGCAGCUUUACAAGCAAUUCAACCUGCGGGAGAACUGUGAACCGCAGACCUACGCCAUCGGCCUGAAGGAGGUGUGGGCGAUUGAUGAGAAGAAGUGGAGGCCAGGCAGAGCGGAGCAUUCUGUAGGUUGGCCCCUGAACAGACACACAUAUGGAGGAUCCUUCCUGUAUCACCUGAACGAGGGAGAGCCGCUGGUGGCUCUGGGCUUUGUGGUGGGUCUAGACUACUCCAACCCUUACCUGAGCCCCUUCAGGGAGUUCCAGCGCUGGAAACAUCAUCCCUUCGUAGCUGCCACGCUGGAGGGAGGCACCAGGAUUGCAUAUGGAGCCAGGGCUCUGAACGAGGGAGGAUUACAGUCCAUCCCAAAGCUGACUUUCCCAGGAGGGCUGCUGAUAGGCUGCAGCCCCGGUUUUAUGAACGUCCCAAAGAUCAAAGGCACCCACACCGCUAUGAAGAGUGGCAUGCUGGCGGCUGAGGCCAUUUUCCCCAAAAUCACAGCGGAGAGCCUGGAUUCAGAGACGGCAGGACUCCAUGUCCCUGAGUACUCUGAGACUUUGAAGAACUCGUGGGUGUGGAAAGAACUAAAUGCAGUAAGAAACAUCAGGCCGUCCUUCCACAAUUACUUUGGCCUGUACGGUGGCAUGGCCUACACCGGAGUCUUCUACUGGAUCUUCAGAGGGAAAGAGCCGUGGACACUCAAACACUGUGGCCUUGAUGCAAACCAGCUGAAACCGGCUAAAGAGUGCACGCCGAUUGAAUACCCCAAACCCGACGGCAAGCUCAGCUUUGACCUGCUGUCCUCUGUGGCCCUGAGUGGCACCAACCACGAGGGGGACCAGCCCGCCCACCUGACCCUGAAGAACGACAGCGUCCCCGUGGAUAGGAACCUGGCCAUCUACGACGGACCGGAGCAACGCUUCUGCCCCGCAGGUGUGUACGAGUAUGUUCCCCUGGAAACUGGAGAUGGGAUGAGAUUGCAGAUAAACGCUCAGAACUGUGUCCACUGUAAGACCUGCGAUAUCAAGGACCCGAGCCAGAACAUCAACUGGGUGGUGCCUGAAGGCGGCGGCGGACCGGCCUACAACGGAAUGUGAACAUCUUAGGUUUUUUUUUUAAUCUUUUUUUUUUUGUCUAGAAAGAGAACUGAAACCUAUCAUGUAUUCAGGGUUGCAGUACUUUCCAGUUUCGGCAACUACGCCCAAGUAUGGAACAGAAAAUAACUAUAUAGCUGAUUUUGACAGUAUUUCAAAAAUAAAAUAUUCAAAAAGGAUAUUAGCAAUUGAACUGCAUUUUGUCAUAGAAAUGUAUUUUUAAUUUAUACAGUGGGAUAGUUUAAAAUGAGGUACAGGGGUUAUGAGACUAACAA